AUUUAAAAAGCAAAUUUAUUGAAUAGUUGUUUUAAAUACUAACUUAACAAAUCACUAAAUAAGUCAAAUAAUUUGCAUUUUGGUUUAAAGUUUAAAUAUUUGUAUCGAAUUUCACUUAAAUAUCAUUUUACUUUUUUGAAACUUUGAAAAAGUUUUCAAUACUUAAAACAUUUAAUUAGUGAUGGCUGACGAUAAUAAUAACCCCAAACACAUCCCAUUAGAGGAAUCCAUACAAUCGGCUCAUAACUUGUAUCUGAAAGUUGUGGCCACAAAUGCAUUAGAAGAAGGUUUGGUUGAAUGCGAGCCAUUGGUCUCAAAGAGUUUGUAUCAUAACUUUCUGAAAUGUGUAGGACUUAUCAUUUUUGCCGUAUCGUCGAUGAAAAAAGAGGACAUCGACAAGGCUGCCGAAGCCGUACAGAGUUUAGGCAAAUACACAAAUAAAUUCCGUAAACACGGACUCCUCAUAAGUGCAUUAAAAAUGGUUAAAACACCCAAUUAUAACAAAUAUACCGAUUUGGAGUUGCAUGCUGAAUUAUUGCACGCUUACUAUGUGGCAAUGAGUGCACUUAUAUGUGGAUUAGAGACCCAUACUAUUGUCGGUUUAAUCAAAGUUGCCUAUCGUUUACAAAAAUUUUUGAAAAGUUUCAAGGGCUGUCGAGUUAUAUUGAAAAAGCGUAAGACAUGGGAAAGUGAGACUUCACGCCUCCAUUUUGAGGCCGGAGUUAGAUUUGCAAACGGACUAAAAAAUCUGACAAUCAGUCAAAUCCCACCCAAACUAUUGCGAGUCAUUAAUUUUGUGGGUAUUAAAGGUCAGGAAAGUGUUGGUAUGGAAGACCUGAAUAAAGCGGCCUUUGAAUUGCCCGGAAUUAACUCCCGGUUCGCCAGAAUGUUCUUUAUUGGCUAUUGGCUCUAUGGUCAACCUCAUGGAGGUCUCGGGCCUAAGAAUCUGACAGACUGUGAGGCCAUCAUCAAGAAAGAAAUGGACGAAUAUCCAAAAAGCGUUAUCUAUAGAGGAUGUUUGGCCAAACUGGAUCAGAUUAGGGGUGAUAUUGAUGGUUCUAUAGCUAAAAAUGUUGAAUUGCUUAACAACGACUUUGAGCCAAUACAUAAAGCCGUACACUUUGAGCUGAUGUGGUCGCACGCACUCAAAGCCCAAUGGGAUGAAGCCAUCAAAUAUGCAGAAUUGGUUCGUAAGAAUACCGAACAUUCGCCUACUUAUACCACUUAUGCCGAAGCAGUCUUCCGAUACGUCAAAUGUAUUGAAGACAAUGAUGUCAACCAAAAACAAAUUGUUACCAAACUUAUGGAAACUAUUCCUACUCUUCGUAUCCGACAUUUGGGUAAAACAAUAACUCCCGAAAAAGUUGCCGUCGAGUGUUCGGUCAAAUACAUGAAAAACAAUGAGUUUCUAAUCCUUCCCGAAAUGGAUCUCCUAUAUCAAGGAAAUUGGAUACAAUUUAUUAAGGGUAAUGAAGUCUUAUUAAACAAACUGUUGGUUCGCGUCGAUAAAGAGCUCAAACAUUUCCAAAAUGACAUCGCGGGCAGCGAUCCACUCGACAAUUAUCUCAGUGCUGUCUUCUAUAAGGCUGUUAUCAUGAGAUUAUUGGGUAAACAUAAUGAGGCAAAACAGUUGAUCCAAACCAUUAUUACUAAUGAAUCGCGUAUUAUUAAAGAGAAGUCCAUCGCAGCUCAGGCUGUACUCGAGUUAGGUCUGAAUGAGUUGGAAACGGGUAAUACUGAAGAGUCAAAGAAAUGGAUCAACAAAUGUAUCGAUAAUUAUAGCGGAUAUCUCAAUGAAAAUUAUGUUCAUUUGAGAGCCUAUUCAGCGCUCAGGGAGAUGGGUGUCAGUACUGACAAACAAAAAGAAGAUGAAGUCAAACUUGAAGAAUAUAAGAAACAAUGGCUUAAAGACAUUAACAUCGAAGAGAAGAAUUACGAGACCAUUGUUGGCACUGAAGAUGAAGUUAUUGUCAACUAAUUGUAACUCUUUUAUAAAAUAAAUAAAUCAUAAAAUUAGUUUUUAUGAACAACUAAUUAAUAUUAUUUAUAUUAAUUAUUGAAUAAGUUUUAAUAAUUUAAUAAAUGGUGUUUGGAUUAAAUAAAA